UGAACAACGUCGCCAAAUUUUCCGCUGUCCGUCCAGUACGAAUGACCUUUCAAUAUAAUGUCGUUCGAAAUUCUUGGUAAAUCGUACCUCACCGAGCCUGUUUACUCCAACGGGAAAGCAAAAGAAAGAGGAUAGAAUGAGAAACAUAAACGAUAAGGAAGAAAGCGACUUUUCACAGGCGUUGGGAUUUUCAGUUCGAAUUAUCUUUCGUACGAACUGGUCACGCACACGCGUUUCUAGUCACCGUUUUCCAUUUCAUUCCCUCGCCCUAAGUGUCUUUCGUCUCGUUAAAAGUGCUUCGUAUUAAUAUGCGAGUUAAGAAUCCACCGAGACAGCAUCAGGUGGACAUGAACAACGUUGAAAAAACUCCAAAAAACUCCAAAUACGAUACUAAAAUAUCAAGAAGUGAACCCUGCCUCAGAUUCGUCAACGGUGAUCUGGAAAUUACCAUGGAGUCGGUCCUCGUUAAUCAACAAGUUCAUCAGGACUCUGGUCCAGGAAUCGACGAAGCUCUGGACCUGGCGAUGCCAACGCGUUCGCGUUGCAAGCACGAGCACUACGCUCCGUGUUUCAGUAUAAUGACGGAUUUGCUGAGCACAUCGAGCGAGGCUCAGCUCGAGGCGAUGGAUUUAUCGACAAAGAAUCGUGAGUCGAAAAUGGAAUCGGCGAAGCCACAGAACGAUAUGAAAACGACGUUUCUCUACAAGAUGUUGACGGACUCGUCGUUCCUCGAGAAUUUGCGCAACAAUAAACAAGCCUCGAACUACGCGUGUUCGUUUUGCAAGAAAAAAUUCUCCACCGAGGAAGAGCUGACGGAGCACUCGAACGUGCGGAAGGACGAGUCGAAUCAAGUGGCUUGUUGCGCCUGCGGCAAGACUUUCGCUCAAAAACGUUAUCUCCGCUAUCACCAGCGGUGUCACUCCGAGAGAAGUAAAUUCACGUGCGACAUUUGCACUAAAAAUUAUUCGCGGCUGGACAAUCUUACGCGUCACAAUACCUUUCACACGAACCCCGACAAAUUUCCGUGCACCUCGUGCGACCGAACUUUCGCUCGUAAAGAUUUGUUCAAAAAGCACAUUAAGUGUCACGAGAACAGACAUCGUUAUUACUGCUCGAUUUGUGACAAGUACUUCAAGGGUCCGCUCUCGUUAGAGAAUCACAAAAAGCUCGUCCACUUGAGCGUUAAGAGUGAAAGAGCGUUUCAGGAGUGAGGUUGAAAGAAGAGUGUGACAUCCGUACGUCGAAAAUAUUGUGAUUCGACUAAAAACGUAAACUUUUGAUAAAUCAGUAUCUCGGAGGGAGGAAAAUGAAUAUAUCACGACGAUUGUUUCUCGUGAAGUUAAAUCAGUGAAUGCAAAAGAAAAAGGCUACGAGAAAAAAAAAAGUAUUCGAGAAAAAAAAAUAUCUGCCUCGUUGAACGAGAAGGUGCUCUCGUACGUUUCUUUGCUUUCGCUCGCGCAUUGUUUUUUCAUAUUUUUCUCUUGAUUCUUUUUGCCUCGAGAACGGAGAAAACGGGAGAAAGAAGCGAGAGGCGACUCUUGAUAUACUCCUCUCGCUCGCUCUCUCGUAUAAUUUAAUGCAAUUAAGUCGAGCGUUAAAAUAUCGUUCUUAAUUCGCCGUCGGCACCUUUGUUACCCCGGUACGUUUGGAGCUGCGUUCUCGAGUCGAAAAUAUAUAAACAUUGUGGGGUGUGCUGUCUCGUUGGAUUUUCGAGAGGGAGUGCGGAAACAAAAAAAUAAAAUACAUAUAAAUAAAUGUGGUUGAGUCGAGUACGCAAUACGAAUAAUUCGGUUCGUAAGACAUCCGUGAGUGCAAUGUGCACUCACUCAUGUAUAGAUGUAUAUUUUCAUAAAUAAAUAUAGACAUAAAUAUAUGUAUACGAGCAUAGAAAUCAGAGAAAACGCAGUCGUUUGACCCGCCGAGUUUUCUUUCUUGUCCGUCGAGCUCUAAUUAUCAUUUUUUUACUCAGCAUAUCUCUCUGUUUAUUUUUUUCUUCCUUUAACCCGUUAAAACGUUUCGAGCAAAGGGAAAAAGUAUUUUCAACCGUUUGUUUAUUCGUCAGUGAAUGAAAUACAAAUUUGGGCCGGUCUUGGUCGCCAAAGCACUUUCGAACAGACUCGCUUCGUUCUGUGAACGCUCAUUCUUUCUGCUCCCCCUUAUAAAUCACAUUCACUGUGCAAUUAUUAACAGGAGUAUAUCAUCGUGCAUUGAUAUUCGUCAAACACACUAAUUCGUCAUUAACGAAUUGCUCGACUCGUUUAUUAUGUUUGUAUCAUUCGUGUUCUGUCAGUCGUUGGAGAAUGAUAAAUCAAUAAAUUUUCAUCAAAUGA